GUUUAUAAUGGGUCUUAGUGUACGAAAUUGACUAUUUCUUUCUCUAGCUCCAAUAACUAAGACAAUAUAUCGUGUAUAUAUAUGUGUGUGUGUAUUCGGGAGAAGCAAGAGUGUUAAAGAGCAAGCUGCAGGUUGCAAUCAUAUUCCUUGACGUUAUAUAUCUCUUCAUUUUCAAAUCUUUUCAAUUUUUCGAAAAUGCAGGCGGAGGAGACAGUUGUAUUCAAGUUGGAUGUUUCUGAUAAAGGAGUCAGACGGAGAGUUAUGGAAGUUGUCUGGAUGUUUUCAGUUACUUUCGCAGACGUCAACCAAAAAGGCAUACUAAAGACGAGGGGAAAUUUUAAUAAGGAAAGUAUGGGGAUUAAACUACAGAAGAUCGAUAAAACUGUUGCGAUACUCGACCCAACGCAAUUACCAAAUCGUUCUGACAUUCCUAAACCGAAGAAUAUGGGUGUAUUCAAGUUUGAAGUUCUUGAUGAAAGGAUCUUACAGAAAGCUAACAAAGCUAUUUGGAAGUUUCCAGGAGUUACCUCCGUGGAGGUCAAGGAAAAAGAUCAACUAGAGGUGAUGGGCGAAUUUAAUAAUGUUGAAAUGUCGAGUAAACUAAGGAAGGUAGAUAAGUAUGUUAGCUUAACCGAGAUUGGACCAGAGGUAGAGGAGCAGAAGCCACCACAUAAGAUGUUCAAAGGUAUGUCAUCAUUUGCCGGUAGCUCAUCAAGAGUCCCGACACAUGAUGAGAGACUGAUCAAGAACACAAGCACGUUCAUAGGCACAGGUGCACGUGCGCCUCUACGUGCAGCUGCUCCCAAAGCAAAUGCGUAUACGCCAGUAAAUCAACCAGGAGCCUUCGUUGAACGGAACCAUGGCAGGAAUAAUCAAAUAGCGCGUGCGCCUGAGCGUUUAGCUGCUCCCAAAGUAAAUCAGCCAGGAGCCUUCGUUGCACAGAACGAUGGCUGGAAUAAUCAGAUAGCCCGUCGAGGCGGCCCUUAUUGGAUCCAAGAAUCGGAUAAUAUACGUGUUGUGAACAAAGAUGAUAAGAAAGUUCUCGCAGCAUGGAUCCCAGGAAGUGGAAAAACACAUGCGAUAACGCAAGGUUCCAAAAGCUACUCAUCAUUUGUUCCGAGCUCAAGCAGUAUUGAGGGUAAUCCAUAUUCAUCCACGCAAUCAAGUAGUAUGGGAAAUCAUUCUCAAUCCUCACAAUUAACCACAACGAGUGGAUUCACGAAAUCAACCACAACGAGUGGUUUCACGCAACCACCACUAUCAUCAUCAUUUGCAAAGAACAAGAGGAAAGGCAAAUCUAACCUCUGAAAUUUUCCACAAAAUAAAAAAAGUGACUCCUCUAUUAGAUUUCAUAUAUCCUUUUUCCAAAAUAAAGUAUGUGUGUCCUUGUAUUUUGUGGUGUUUAAAUACAUGUUGGCGUUCUAGUACUUUUGUUAACUUUAAGAAUUGAUCAUGUCGAUGCUUCGUACUAAUUUCCGUAAAACAAAAAACUUAUAUCAAAAAUCUGGAUCGACUGCUUACACUGAACCGCCAGUCUAUACUAAACUACCAAUAAAGACCUUUUGUUGAUGUUCAUGUCUCUGGUUAGCAAGCUAUAAUUUUACCUUAAUUACUCUCAAUUGAUGUUAGAAGCUUUCGGAUCACAUUAGCAAAUAGCAAUGAUGUAUAUAUACUCGUUACCAUUGUAAUAAGAAAGACAUCUUCUCCAAUUCUGCAUCCUAUCAGAGUCCGAUCCAAACAAUCCAAUCUAAUCCAUAAUCGAUAUGUAAUCAGAAGAUAGUCCAUCGAUCCUUGCCUAAACCCAAGGUUGGAGAAGCAGAGGUAGAGGAACCGAAGCGAGCACCCUAUAAGUCGUUCAAAGCUACGCAACCAAAUGCUGCUCCCAAGGCAGAUGUUGCCAGUAGCUCAGGAGUCCCAACAUAUGAGAAACUGCUCAAAAACAUAGGCACCUUCAUAGGCGGAGGUGCGCGUGGGCCUGAGCGUGUAGCUGCUUCCAAAGCAAAAGCAAAUGGGCCGAUACAAGGAGCCUUCGGUGCACAGAACUUUGGUUGGAAUGAUCAAAUAGCGCAACGUUGGGACCUCCCUGUUGAGGAAGCAAAAGCGGUACGUAUUGCGAGAGAAAACGCAGAAAAUCUACGUAUUGAGAGAGAAAACGCCGAGAAACGACGUAUUGAGAAAGAAAAGGUGGAGAGGCAACGUAUUGAGAGAGAAAACGCCGAGAAACGACGUAUUGAGAAAGAAAAGGCGGAGAGGCAACGUGUUGAGAGAGAAAAAGCGGAGAGGCGACGUGUUGAAAGAGAAAAAGCGGAGAAGCAACGUGUGGAGGAAGAGAAGGCGGAAAGGCGACGUGUUGAGAAAGCAAACGCAGAGAGGCGAGAGAAAGAAAACGCGGAAAGGCGACGUAGGGAGAAAGCAAUAGCGGAUAAUCAACGUACUUCAACAUGGAACACAGGAAGUGGAACAUCAUCACAAGCGCUAACGCAAGGUUCCAUGAGCUACUCAACAUUUGUUCCGAGCUCAAGCAGUAUGAGGAAUCCUUAUUCAUCCAUGAUACAAUCAAGUAGUAUGGGGAAUCAUUCUCAAUCCUCACAAUCAAGCAGUAUGAGGAAUCAUUCUCAAUUCGCACAAUCAAGCAGUAUGAGGAAUCCUUAUUCAUCACCGAUACAAUCAAGUAGUAUGGGAAAUUAUUCUCAAUCCUCACAAUCAAGUAGUAUGGGGAAUCCUUCUCAAUUCAACAAAAGAAAUAAGUGACUCUCUAUUUAGAUUUCAUAUCUUCUUCCAGAAUAAAAUCUCUAUGUCCUCGUUUUCUUCUUUCUUCCUUUUUUUUUUGUUGCCAAAUAAUUAAAGUUUGUGUCCUUGUUUUUUUGUGUGUGUGGUGUUUAUAAAAUAUUGGCUUUCCAUUACUUUUGUUAACUAAAAGGAUUGAUCAUUCA